UUCCCAUCAUUAAUCUCAUUUCAGUUGAUAGUAUACUCGUGCUUAACAAGUUUGUGGACGGUUAAGAUUGUGAAGGAAAAACCUCUUGAGAGCUUAUUCGGGAUUAGUUCAAGACUCCAAGCUGACUUCAAUUCUUUUGAACACAUUCUACAAUCACUUGGAAGAGAAUGGCAAAGCAAAAUAAGGAAUGGGCUGUAGGAAUCGACCUUGGCACAACAUACUCGUGUGUUGCUGUAUGGCAAGAACAACACUGUCGAGUGGAGGUCAUUCACAACGACCAAGGCAAUAGAACCACACCUUCUUGUGUUGCUUUCACAGACAACCAAAGAUUGAUUGGCAAUGCCGCUAAGAAUCAGGCUGCCACCAACCCAACCAACACUGUCUUUGAUGUGAAAAGGUUAAUUGGAAGAAGAUAUAGUGAUCCCAUUAUUGAGAAUGACUUAAGGUUGUGGCCAUUCAAGGUCGUUGCUGGUGCUGAUGACAAACCCAUGAUAGUUGUUUCAUACAAGGGUCAGGAGAAGCAUAUUUCAGCUGAGGAAAUCUCAUCUAUGAUCCUUACAAAGAUGCGCGAGAUUGCAGAAGCAUAUUUGGAAUCACCAGUUAAGAAUGCAGUUGUUACUGUGCCUGCUUAUUUCAAUGACUCUCAACGUAAAGCCACCAAAGAUGCUGGUGCCAUUGCUGGCCUAAAUGUUAUGCGGAUAAUCAAUGAGCCUACGGCUGCAGCACUAGCAUAUGGCAUUGACAAGAGAGCUAAUUGUGUUGGAGAGCGAAAUAUUUUCGUCUUUGAUCUUGGUGGUGGUACAUUUGAUGUUUCUCUGCUCACAAUUAAGGGCGAUGUCUUUGAAGUCAAGGCCACUGCUGGUGACACUCACCUUGGAGGAGAGGACAUUGAUAACAGAAUGGUGAACUACUUUGUAGAGGAGUUCAAGAGGAAGAGCAAAGUGGACAUUAGUGGGAACUCAAGAGCACUGAGGAGGUUGAGAACUGCUUGUGAGAGAGCAAAAAGAACACUCUCAUAUGCUGCUGAUACCACCAUCGAGGUAGAUGCUUUAUCUGGGAGCAUUGACUUCUGUUCAUCAAUCACUCGUGCAAGGUUUGAGGAACUAAACAUGGGCCUCUUUAGAAAGUGUAUGGAGACAGUAGAUAGGUGUCUCGUUGAUUCUAAGAUGGACAAGAAUGAUAUACAUGAUGUUGUACUUGUUGGUGGUUCUUCCAGGAUCCCCAAAGUGCAGCAGCUAUUGCAGGACUUGUUCAAGGGGAAGGAUCUGUGCAAGAGCAUCAACCCUGAUGAGGCUGUUGCUUAUGGAGCAGCAGUCCAAGCCGCUUUGUUGAGCAAAGGCAUCAAAUAUGUUCCCAAUCUAGUGCUAUUGGAUGUUACACCACUGUCACUUGGUAUAUCGCUCAAGGGAGAUCUCAUGAGUGUUAUGAUUCCUAGGAACACUACCAUUCCUGUAAAGAAGAAAAAGGUAUACUAUACAAAUGAUGAAAACCCAACCGUUGUUGGGAUUGAGGUUUAUGAGGGUGAGAGAGCAAGAGAUAGUGAUAACAAUUUGCUGGGAUUUUUUAAUCUCUCUGGUUUUCCUCCUGCUACUUGUGGUCAACCCUUGGAUGUGUGCUUUUCCAUAGAUGAAAAUGGUAUCUUGUCUGUUUCUGCUGAGGGAAAAACCAAUGGCAAUAAGAACGAGAUUACCAUAACUAAUGAAAAGGGAAGACUAUCAACUGAACAAAUUAUGAGAUUGAUCCAAGAAGCUGAGAAAUACAAGGCUGAAGACCUAAAGUACCAGAAGAAAGUUGAAGCAAUGAAUGCUUUGGAUGAUUACAUAUACAAGAUAAGGAAUGCUAUAGAGGAUGUUGAUAACAGUCAUGAGUUUCAUCCACAAGACAAAAUGAAAGUCAAUUUGGCAAUUACAAAGGCCAGGAAUUUACUUGAUGCUGGUCAACAGACAGGAACAAAGGUGUUUGAGGAUUAUCUGAAAGAGGUAGAGAGCCUCAUUGAACCCAUUAUGAGGGUUAGCUAGUUUGUUUCUAGUUUACUUGGGUGAAACAUGCAAAACUUUGAACCUGUUAUGCAGACAAUUUAAUAGUUCUAAUUUCCUGAAUCAAUCCUUGAACACAUCUUUCGUCCACCUCUAUCUAACAUAAAUCUGGAUAUGCCUAUAAUUAUGUGUAGUGAACUUGAGUACAUUUCUUCCAUAGUUAUUUGUUAUGUUAUACCAUACAUAUAAAUAGUAACAUAGUCAAGCCUAUAUAGUGUCUCAGCUUUGAUAAAAUUCAUACAUUCUUGUUGCUAUUAUUUUCCAUUAUAUAGUGUCUCAGCUUUGAUAAAAUUCA